AUGUCGCUCUUUCGUGCCGCCACGCAGGCUCGGUGCCUUGUGCGCGCCGCGCGCUGGACACGUGUAGGUGCGGCUGCUUAUAGUACGGGCGCUUCCGAGACCAAGGUGUACCACUCAAAAGACGGCACGCCGCUCGUGGGCUCUGAGUUUCUGAGGGACAAGCGUAUUUGGAUCCUGCACCUGCUGGCCAAGGAGACACCGGAUAACCGGCUCACACAUACGUUCAUUCAGAGCGGCCUGCUGCCUGCCCUGCGCGACGUGCGACAGCAAUGGAAUGCAUGGGUCAAGGCGAAGGACACGGCCGAGGGUGCGGCGCUGGUGACGGCUCCGCCGACGGACAGCAAAUUUUUCUCGAAUGGUCUCGAUCUGCUCAAGGCCGUGCAAGACCCGCACUUUUUCAACGACUAUCUGAAUGCCAUGUUUUACGAGCUGCUGACAUUCCCGAUCCCGACGGUCGCGUCGAUGGGCGGGCAUGCGUUCGCCGCGGGCUUUACUCUGGCCCUGGCGCAUGACUACCGCGUCAUGAACUCGGAACGUGGCUAUGCAUGCAUGAACGAAAUCGAGUUUGGCGCACCGAUUCCGAAGGGCAUGCUCGGUGUGAUCAGGUCUGUGGCCGUGUCGCCCCUCGUGCAACGCAAGAUCGCGUUGGAGGCACACCGAUUCCAGGCCACCGAGGCACUACAGCAUGGCCUUGUGGAUGCUACGGCUCAGGGUACGCAGGCUACGUUGGACAUGGCGCUCGCUCUGGCUGAGAAGCUUCGCUCACGUUCCGCCAAGAACGCGUGGCAAUCAAUUCGCGAAUCACUGAAAGAAGAGGCCCUGGCCGCUCAGUUUGAGCGCCCGCGAGCGCUUCACACCUUCUCCAUGGAGUAG